GGAAAGAGUGCCUAUUACGUUGCCAACAAUGUGCAAGCGAUUCAAAAAGAAAUAAUGAGUAACGGGCCAGUGGAAGCAGCUUUUAUAGUUUAUUCAGAUUUCGCGUAUUACAAGCGCGGGAUUUAUGUGCAUACCGCAGGCAAGAACGAGGGAGGUCAUGCUAUCAAAAUUAUCGGAUGGGGCAUAGAAAAAGGAAUCCCUUACUGGACAAUAGCAAACUCAUGGAAUCUCGACUGGGGUGAAAAAGGGCACUUUCGAAUCCUACGUGGAAGGAACGAAUGCGGCAUCGAACAGGAAGUCACUGCUGGUCUACUGAAAGCUUGAAAUCGGAG